UUUAAUUCAUUUUUCUAAUUUAUCUGUCUCUCGCGAAAACCAAAUGAUCGAGCAGGGUUCCGAACUACAAUAGUACUGUGACUGUUGCUAUGGAGAUGGAAGACCACGGGAGACGCUUAUUUAAAAAUGGCGCACACGUUCGAUUUGCUGUCAGAAGAGGAGAUCUCGAAAAACGCACGAUAAUUUUGCGAGGAUGGACGAGGAAAUUGCGAAAAAUGCGUCGCUCGACAAGACAGCGCGAAAACUCACUGAUGACAUCCAGAAUAUGUCGAAUUACAGAGCCCUUUACAACGAAAUACAGAGACUCAUCGCCUCGCCUGUCGUAGAUAAGGAUGAUUUUAAAAACUCGUUGGUGACAGCGCUGGAAAAUAAUGGCUUGGAGACGGAGAUCAGGAACACUGUGUUUCACUGGGCACGAUCGCGGGGUUCCCUGCAUUCCCGAUCGGUUUCACAUAUACAGACGGCCGACUUGAGUUACUUGAAAAAAACUCAAAUUCAAUGGGAACGACGUAUUCAAAAAUCAUUGAAUUCGACUUGCAGUGAACUAAAUAUUCCGCUGGCUCGUAUAAGACCUACCGCCGACAGAGAGGAAUUGGCGGAGAAGUGGAAUGAAUUGAGCACUUAUGACAUUGAUUUAUCACAAUAUCGCCCAUUGUAUGCGCCAAAGGAUUUUUUGGAUGUGUUGUUCUCGAUACGUGAUCCUUCUUUUAAAAAGCAACCAGACGAGCUAAAUUGGGAUUUCAGUCACAUACAGAUUAGUGUAAAAACACUCGCGCAAUUGAGACGUAUGUAUUCGGGAUUAGCGCAGGGAAUGCCAUUACUUGGAGUAAAUUCCGAUAUGCCGACUACAGAAAACUUCCCAAAUUUAGAAGCCGAGCGAACGUACAUUGGAGAAAAAGUAUUGAGCUCAAAUCAUGCUCCAAUCGCUCAAGAAUUCCUUAAAAGGGGAUCUCCUCGAGCAUUGCGUGGUCGUCUCUGGUCGCUCGUUCUCGGAUCUGUUAUCAAAGAUAAUGACAUAGAGUACUACGAAGAAUUGAAAAAUAUGGUUUUGCAAUAUGAUAUCGUCGUAGAUAAGCUAAUAAUAAUGGAUGUGCAAUUAACAGCAAGAAACGACGAUCAAUACUUUGUAUUCGAGGAUGUUUUGUAUAAGACAAUGUUAUGUUUCUCGAGGGAUUCCGAAAUACUUGCACCGGUCACAACGGAUAGAAGCGCAGGUGGUCAGGUGAUUCAUGCAGUUUUGCAAGGCAAACCAGCAACAUUAGAAAAUACCUUAGUUUUUCCACCGAGCGGUAUUAUCCCAUUUCAUGGAUUUACAAUGUAUGCUACACCGUUUUGUUAUUUAUAUGACAAUCCCUGUGCCAUGUAUUAUACUUUUCGUGCAUUCUAUCUGAGAUAUUGGUUUCGUUUACAUACCGUGUCAAGUCAUGAACAAGGUAUAGUUGCUCUCUGUUUAUUCUUUGAACGAUUACUGCAAUGCCAUGAACCACAGUUGUGGACUCAUUAAAAUUUACAUAUUCAACCAAUAAGAAUAGUUUUUAAAUGGCUUAUGAGAGGUUUCAGUGGUCAUUUACCACCUGAACAACUAUUGUAUCUUUGGGAUUUGAUCCUGGGUUAUGAUUCUUUGGAAAUUAUUCCUUUAUUAGCAGUGACAAUAUUGAGUUUUCGAAAAGAAAAUUUACUGCAAGUUAAUACCCAACAAAAUGUAGAGGCUGUGUUAGCAGACUUAUCCUCGCUGAAAGUGAUGCCUUUACUGCAACUAGCUCUUCUUAAAGAAUAAUAUGUAUAAUAUACAUUAUUUAUUAUGUAUAAUAUACA